AUGGACUUUGCUGAGCAGAGAAGUGAUCUGGGAACAGAUGUCGUUAUUGUUAAAAAUGGCAGAAGGAUAUGUGGCACAGGAGGCUGCUUAGCCAAUGCACCUUUGCAUCAGAACAAGAGCUAUUUUGAGUUUAAAAUCCAGUCCACAGGGAUUUGGGGUAUUGGAGUUGCAACCCAGAAAGCAAAUUUAAAUCAAAUUCCACUUGGUCGAGAUGUCCAUAGCCUGGUGAUGAGGAAUGAUGGAGCUCUCUACUAUAACAACGAGGAGAAAAAUAGACUCCCAGCAAACAACCUUCCUCAGGAGGGCGAUGUAGUGGGCAUUACAUAUGACCAUGUAGAAUUAAAUGUAUAUUUAAAUGGGAAGAACAUGCAUUGUCCAGCUUCAGGAAUCCGAGGGACUGUCUACCCAGUGGUCUAUGUUGAUGACAGUGCCAUUCUGGAUUGUCAGUUCAGUGAAUUUUAUCAUACACCUCCACCAGGGUUUGAAAAGAUCCUCUUUGAGCAGCAAAUCUUCUGAAUGUCUUCAUACUGAAAAUUUGCACCCUGCACUGUUACAAAAGCUUUGUCAUCUUAAAUAAAGCUUCACAUUACUCCUAGGAAACAUAUCUGUAUUUUCAGUAAGUAUUUGUGACUCUCAUCUGCAGAAUUAAUAUGUUGACUGCAGCACCAGGUAGCUGUGUUGCAAAUACAAAAUUUCUGACAAUGUUUUGUGGUUGAAAGUGAGUGCUUAGGGGCAGAGUUUUUCUCUGAUUUGUACUUGAUGCAUAAGGAGACUAAAGGUUAUUACUGACAUCAGUAUUACGUUCAGGAUUUUGAACUAACUGAAGCUCUGUAAAGCCAAUUGUUCUUACGCCUAUGACGGCUAUGGAGAUGGAUGGUUCUCAUUAUUUUUUCCCCAGCCUUUUUCACACAGAAGUUAUGUACUUUGUCUAAAGGAAGCACUGUGUGUCUAGUGUGUGCUUUGGAGUUGUGGUGUCCCAGUUGUGCACAACGGCUAAUAACACAAUGGCAUAACUAGCAGCUAGAUUAUUUUUUUGCAAGGUGUAAUAUAAUCUCGUCCUUCAACCUUAGACCCAUAAAUAAAACUUACCUAUUUCUCCUAGAUUUUCAAUUGCUUUUAUUGUUAC